CCUGCCAGAGUCACUUUUACGAACGACAAACCUUUCGUCGCUCCCCGCGUGCGACUCUUAUAUCUACCUAGCCGAUACACGUCUCCGCUACGACAAAUCUUUUCCCAAGCCUAAAACCACACAACUUCUUCAAUAUGGCUGAACAACUCGAUAUGGGCCGUCUCACUCUGAACGACUCCCAACACGCUCCCGGCGCUGGCAACUUCCCCAGCGACCGCGCUGCAUACAUCCCGCCUCACCUUCGCGGUCGGCAGCAGGCUGCUGCUCCUGCCCCCCUCGAUGGACCUCCGCCCAUGAUGAACGGCGGUGGCGGUAUGGGAGGCGGCGCCUGGGGACCCCCUCCUCCGCGUUAUGGUGGCCCUCAACAGCGACACGACGGCGGCGGUAACUGGGCCAACGCCCCCAACUUCACCCCGCGAGGUAGCAACGCCCCCCAACAAACCGGAGCCGGCUGGGGAGCUGCUCCGGCAAAGUUCGACCCUAAUGCUUACGGAAAACCAGGUGCAGGAGGUUCCGGCUCUUCUGCGCGUGGAUCUGGUGAUGGACAGUGGAGGGACGGCAAGCACAUCCCUGGUCCGGCCAAUCCUCGCCUUGAGCGUGAACUUUUCGGAACUCCCAACGAUCCCUCGAAGCAACACACCGGUAUCAACUUCGAAAAGUACGACGAUAUCCCCGUUGAGGCUUCAGGCCAAGGUGUCCCUGAACCCGUCACCGCAUUCACCAACCCCCCUCUGGAUGACCACCUUCUGAGUAACAUCGAGCUUUCUGGCUACAAGGUCCCAACACCUGUGCAGAAGUACUCCAUCCCUAUCGUCAUGGGUGGUCGCGACCUCAUGGCCUGCGCUCAGACUGGUUCCGGAAAGACCGGUGGCUUCCUGUUCCCUAUUCUCUCCCAGGCCUUCCAAACUGGGCCAACUGCUGCCCCUGCUCAGCAGGCCGGAGGCUACGGCUAUGGUCGACAGCGCAAAGCCUACCCGACUUCUCUCAUUCUCGCCCCGACACGAGAGUUGGUUUCCCAGAUUUUCGACGAGGCUCGCAAAUUCGCGUACCGCUCUUGGGUCCGCCCCUGUGUGGUCUACGGUGGUGCCGAUAUUGGCUCUCAGCUGAGGCAGAUUGAACGUGGCUGCGAUUUGCUCGUUGCCACUCCUGGUCGUUUGGUCGAUUUGAUUGAGCGCGGCCGCAUCUCCCUCCAAAACAUCAAGUAUCUCGUGCUUGACGAGGCUGACCGCAUGUUGGACAUGGGUUUCGAGCCUCAGAUUCGUCGCAUUGUCGAGGGCGAGGAUAUGCCUCCUACUGCUGCUCGUCAGACGCUCAUGUUCUCGGCUACCUUCCCCCGCGAUAUUCAGAUGCUUGCCCGCGACUUCUUGAAGGACUACAUCUUCCUUUCCGUUGGUCGUGUGGGUUCCACGUCCGAGAACAUCACCCAGAAGGUUGAGUACGUUGAAGACGUCGACAAGCGCUCUGUCCUGCUCGACAUCCUCCACACCCACGGUGCUGGUCUGACGUUGAUCUUCGUCGAGACCAAGCGCAUGGCCGAUUCCCUCUCGGACUUCCUGAUCAACCAAGGUUUCCCUGCCACUUCGAUCCACGGUGAUCGUACUCAGCGUGAGCGUGAGAAGGCUCUCGAGAUGUUCCGUACUGGACGCUGCCCCAUCCUUGUGGCCACUGCAGUUGCUGCCCGUGGCUUGGAUAUACCCAAUGUCAAGCAUGUGGUUAACUAUGACCUGCCAACCGAUAUCGACGACUACGUGCACCGUAUUGGCCGUACCGGUCGUGCUGGCAACACUGGUAUUUCGACCGCCUUCUUCAACCGUGGCAACCGCGGCGUGGUCCGUGACCUGAUCGAGCUGUUGAAGGAGGCCAACCAGGAUGUUCCCCAAUUCCUGGAGUCCAUUGCCCGUGAAGGCUCCGGCUUUGGCGGUGGCCGCGGUGGUGGCCGCGGUGGCCGUGGCCGUGGUAGCCAGGCUACCCGUGACGUCCGUCGCUAUGGCGGUGGGGGUGGUGGCGGUGGAGGCUUCGGUGCUGGCGGCGGCGGCGGCUGGGGUGCUGCUCCUCAGGCUGGUUACGGAGGAGGCUACGGCGGUCCUCCCGCUGGCGGCUACGGUGGCGGCUAUGGAGGAGGUUAUGGUGGCGGCGGCUACGGCAACCCAUCUGGCCCUGCUGGUAGCUCCUGGUGGUAAAUUCCAGGAUUCACGACCUAACGAUUCCCGGCCUCUAAUAUCUUUCCCGGUUCUGGUUUCUUAAAGGUCCGUUCGAGGAAGCCUACUCCUGAGCUUCCCUUCUUCAACAUCUCGUUUUUCUUUUCUUUUCCCAGGUUUCUGCGACUCGUUUCUCGACUACGAAUCGCCGCGGAAG